CUUCCCUCAGUCUAAGAAUCUAUGAAUAAUAAAAAGUCGACACCCCCUUAUUGACUAUGAUCAAAUACCAAUAACCUUGUGUUCAAAUAAGGAACUUAAUAGAAAAAUAUCAAACGUCAAUCUUUAAUUGUCAAAUUACCAAAGUAACAUCAAUGUUUUGUAGACCAUAAAUCUAAACACUUUAAAUAUAACCAAUAAGCAUGGCUGACGAAGAAAUUAAUGGUGAUACCGAUGAUAUCCAGCAUGACAAAGAUAAAACCCAAAAGAAGACUGCAAAGCAUGAUAGUGGGGUUGCAGAUCUAGAAAAAGUCACAGAUUACGCUGAAGAGAAAGAAAUAUCGUCACAAGACAUCUCAGGGGCUCUAUCACUAAUAGGCGACAGAAGGAACAAAGAGGCUGCUGAACGAUUGGAAAAAGAAAAGGAGCUACAAAAAGUUUCUGUAAAAAAAGAUGAUAUAGAAUUAAUUGUUAAAGAAAUGGAAAUCUCAAGGAUUCUAGCUGAGCGAACACUGCGGGAACAUCGGGGUGAUGUUGUUGCGGCAUUGACAACACUCACCAAUUAAUUUAAUACCAACAAGUGAUAUAUAAAUGUUAAAAUAGACUUUUGUAUCCACUAAA